CCCAGAACAAAGGUCCUAAAGUCUUUCCCAGUCUCAGAAUCUCCUCUGCUCUGGAGACAUCUGUAUUUCAUGCUGGGAUAUAAAGAUAAGAUUGAACAUUGGGGGAAAACAUGAAUAAGUCAGUUAAGGAUUCGAGAAAUCAUGUGACCAUCAACAACCCAGCGGAUAUCAUCGUCAUUAUUGGUUAUUUCAUGGUCGUGAUUGGAGUUGGAAUUUGGUCAAUGUUUAGGACAAAUCGGGGCACAGUAGGUGGCUACUUCCUCGCGGGGCGUACCAUGGUGUGGUGGCCAGUUGGAGCGUCUCUGUUUGCAAGCAACAUAGGCAGUGGGCAUUUUGUCGGUCUCGCAGGAACAGGUGCCGCCAGCGGGAUUGCGGUCGGAGGUUUCGAAUGGAACGCUUUAUUCAUUGUUCUGCUGCUAGGAUGGAUGUUUGUACCUGUGUAUUUGACAGCUGGAGUGAUCACAAUGCCACAAUAUCUGAAGAAGAGAUUUGGAGGCACUAGAAUCAGUUUAUACCUCUCUGUCAUCUCACUUUUCCUCUACAUCUUCACAAAGAUCUCCGUGGACAUGUUCUCUGGGGCAGUGUUCAUACAGCAAGCCCUCGGAUGGAACAUUUACGUCGCGGUCAUCGCUUUGCUUUCCAUUACAGCGCUCUACACUGUGACAGGUGGUUUGGCAGCUCUGAUGUACACUGACACAGUCCAGACUUUUGUGAUCAUUGCUGGAGCCUUUGUCCUCAUGGGAUUCUCCUUUUAUGAGGUUGGAGGCUACAAUGCUUUACUAGAAAAAUACAGCUCGGCUUUACCGGCAGUAAGAAUGUCUCUCGACCCUCGGGUCCUCAACAUCUCCGAGCACUGUUAUACACCGCGCGAGGACGCCUUCCACCUGCUGAGGGAUCCCGUGAAUGGAGACCUGCCGUGGCCUGGUGUGUUAUUUGGUAUUGCUAUUGUAGGAGGAUGGUACUGGUGCACUGACCAGGUCAUUGUUCAGCGCUGUUUGGCUGCCCGCAAUCUGACUCAUGUCAAGGCUGGAUGUAUCUUGUGCGGCUACCUGAAACUACUGCCUAUGUUCCUCAUGGUGUUCCCAGGCAUGAUCAGCAGAGUCCUAUACCCUGAUGAGGUCGGUUGUGUGGAGCCAAACGAAUGUAAGAAAGUGUGUGGGACAGAGGUCGGCUGCUCUAACAUCGCAUACCCCAAACUGGUGGUCUCGGUCAUGCCGAGCGGUUUAAGGGGAUUAAUGCUUGCCGUCAUGCUUGCAGCCCUCAUGAGCUCUUUAGCCUCCAUUUUCAACAGCAGCAGCACCUUGUUCACCCUGGACAUAUGGACACGCAUCAGACCGCAAGCCAGAGACCGAGAGCUUAUGAUUGUUGGCAGGUUAUGGGUUCUCUGCAUUGUUGCGAUCAGCAUUUGCUGGAUCCCGGUGGUCCAGGCUGCCCAAAGUGGACAGUUAUUUGACUAUAUCCAAUCAGUAACAAGUUACCUGGCCCCGCCCAUAGCAGCGGUUUUCUUUCUGGCGAUCUUUGUGAAGCGAGUUAAUGAGCCGGGUGCGUUUUGGGGCCUGAUGGGCGGCUUACUGAUGGGUUUGUGCCGCAUCGGUCCUGAAUUCUACUUUGGAUCCGGGAGCUGCCUCUUCCCUUCCAAAUGUCCUUCACUCAUCUGCGGGGUUCAUUACCUGUACUUUGCGGUACUGCUCUUCUUUUGUACUGGCAUUCUCGCUCUCCUUGUGAGCUACUGCACUUCACCUAUAGACGACAAACACCUUCAUCGGCUCGUUUUUAGCUUGCGGUACUCGAAAGAGGAGAGGGUGGAUCUGGACUGCGAGGAAGAGGAACGGGGAAGAAACGCUCGCAGAGAAGCGCAGGAAAAAAACAGAGGGGAUGAGGACAGGGGUGGAGAUGAGGAUCGAUCAGGACUUGCCCGUUUAAUUGCCUGGUUCUGUGGCUUAAGUGGCUCUCAGGCUCCUGAACCUUCAGAAGAAGAGGUCAUCGAAGCAUCAAAAGAAUUGCCAGAUAUAAGUGAAGACUCAGUCUGGAGGCACCUGGUCAACGCUAAUGCACUGGUCAUGAUGGCGGUGGCUGUUUAUUUUUGGGCUUUCUAUGCAUGAGCGAAAAUGUAUUAUCAAUUUAUACUUUAGCUGAAUUAUGUGAAAUCAUCAUGGAUCGUGCAUUAGUGUGUAGGUGAACAUGUUCAGUGCUUUGUAGAUCUAUAUUAAAUCUAUAAAACCUGAAAAUAGAACUUUUGCGGUGAUCCGAUUUUCGUUUGGUAUCAACUAUAUUUCAGGAUUUCUACAAAUUUAUUUAUUACUAAAGUUGCAAAAUUCCAGGAAUUCUCAAGACUGGAAACUUUCCAUAAGAAUGAACAUGAAUAAACUGGGAAUUUUCAUUCUGGUAAAUAAAAAACAAACAACAACAAAAGAUUUAAUGCAAUAUCAGUUGAAAUUCUACCCUGCGCCCACAUCAAUCGCAUGCACAUCACAUGGCUACUGAGGCCACGCCUCCUACAUGCCCUGCGCUUUCCUCCAUCACAUCGUUUCUCAAAUCCUGCACACAAAAUAAUGUCGAAAUUCGUGAGCUUAUUCACAUAAAUUUCAUACAUAUUACAUCCGUUUAUGUUUAAAACCUCGUUGUACGCUAUUGUGCAACAAAAUUAUACUAACAAUUGAAUCAAAAAUUUCUUUUUUUUUUUAUCUGUAUUCGUUUACAUGCAAGUCUGCAUAUGACCAAACAAAGUGUUUUGUAUAUGAUACAGAUUAUUAUUAUAAUAAUAAUAAUAAAAUGAUUAAUUCCCAUGAAUUCCUGGUCAGUUUCUAAAUGAGUAUUUCAGAAAUUGGCCUGAUGUAGUUCCCAUGGAAAGUUUCAACCCUUUUGCAACCUUAAUUAUGGCAACAACAAAAAAAAAUGAAAUUACUGUGUGUAUGAAUCUCUCAUAUUAGAGCCUGGUGUACAGUAACUUCAACCUUCUUAAAAUUAUUAGAAGAAACUUUCACAUGUAGUGUAGAACUGUAUAAAUUGUAGCAUUGUAUAAAAUACAAAUAAUGUCCUUUAAUACAGACACCAGUUUUAAAUAAAUUUUAUUUACUUUAGAGGCAAAAAUUCCCUAUAGCAUCGGCUGACUGCGAAACCUACAACGGUCUCCCAAAGGGCAUCAGCAUCAACAUUUCCAUUCUGUUUGAAAGACUGUAGAUGGAGUCUUAAGGCAGAAACCUGAUAUUUUUUUUCUCUUUUUCUUUUACCAACAACAGAAAGCAAAGACGGGUUAUUAAGUGACCUGAAGGUGCAGGGCCACGGCUGAGAAAACAGGGUAAACAAGAUAUACAACUGUUUCGAUCUUGAUCUUAUUUCUGCAAAAAGGAGGAGAGAAAAAACAAAUUCACUCUUUCACACAAUAAAGAAAAAAAAACACAAAAGAGGA